GAGGCGAGUAAACUCCCGAUGAGAAUGAAGAAUGAAGAAUGAAAAAGGAAAAUGAAAAUUGCAGUCACUCUUCUUGUUUCUACAGCCGCUGUUCAUCUCAAGUUCUCCUGCUCUCUCGCACCCCGCCUCCCCCUGCCCAAGCGCUCGCCGCCGCGCCUCGUCGCCCACUGCCUAGCAUCCUGCAGCCUCAUCUCUGGACUUUCUCUUUCGCGUGGGCGCCGCCUCUGCAGAGCAGCAGAUACCAGGAUUGGGGAUUCAAGUCCUGUGAGACCAGAAUCCAUAUUUUCUGCUGUUAUCUAGCAAUACUUUAGAGCAAUGCGAGGGUAUGAAAAAGAUGAGUAUGAAGAUUGGGAUGAGUAUGAGGAAGAUGGAGAGGAGCAAGAAGUGGAAGAAGGUGAUGAUGAAGUUCAUCAGCCCACCCAGGAGGAGUUGGAUUAUCUUGCUAUCAGGCAAAAGUUAAAAGAAAAAUUCAGAAAGAAGAUGAUGAAGGAUACAAGGACUGCAAACCCUAGUUCCCGUGACAAAGUGAAUGCAUCACGUAAAGACAACUAUGGUUCUUUCUUUGGGCCUUCACAGCCAGUUAUUGCUCAGAGGGUAAUCCAAGAAAGCAAGUCCUUGUUGGAGAAUCCAGAACUGGCAGCAAGGAUUUGUAAAACUAGCCAUAAGGAGAAGAAGAGCUCUGUUUCAGUUUCAGCUCCUGUCAGUUCAAAAUCUCAAGCCAACCGUCCGCCAAGUAUUAAAAAAAAAGCCGAAAUGCUUAAAAAUACAAGAGACUAUUCAUUUCUGUUAUCAGAAGAUGCUGAGGUUCCAGCCUCCACAAAAGGUCCACCCCCAAGAAAUGUAUCAGCCCCCAAGUCUGAUGCACGAUCUGCCGAACCUAUGCCAAGGAGCAGACCGGUGGUGAAUGGCCGUGGAAGAGAAGUCUCGAACGGUCGGGAUGGCAGGAAGCCUACGCUUCCAUGUAGCCAAAGCAAAUCUAAAGUUGGGAUGGAUAAGUUAGCUCAAACUAAGAAGCCAUCUACAGAAUCAAGGAAACAAUUUGGUAACAAUAGUGGAAGUGGGCCAGGUCGGCCUCUAGGACCCAAAGUUGCGCCUGCUAGAAGUUCGGUGCCUACUACAGCGAAGUUGACCCAACCUGUUACAAAAAAUGUUAUUUCUGGUGUACGUAGACCAACUUCUUCACCUCUCCAACCUGUUUCACGUAGACCUACUCCAUCAAAUUUGCAUUCUGGCAAUAAUAGACCUACUCCUUCGCAUGGUCAGCCUUCGACUUUGAGAAGACCUGUACAAAAAGACUAUCAUGAGACUAGUAAGCCUAAGGUUAUUAGUAAACAGUCAUUGCCUUCCUCUAAGGUUCAGUUGAAGAGAUCGCCUCCAAGACACCCACCACGUGCUACUUUGCGGGAUGAACGACCAAAGGCAAAACCUAAGAGGCAGCUGCGUGAUGAUGAUUCCGACGAUGAUAAUGCCAUAAAUUUGAUCAGAAAAAUGUUCGGUUAUAACCCCAAUAAGUUUCGAGAUGAUGAUGACACUGCCGAUAUGGAGGCCAAUUUUGAUGAUAUUAUGAGAGAGGAGAAACGAAGUGCAAGAAUUGCGAAACAGGAGGAUGAGGAACAACUCCGGCUGAUUGAAGAGGAAGAAAGGAGGGAAAGGAUGCGGCAGGCAAAGAAGCGCAAGAUGAGCCAUUAAAGAGUGGGGACAUCGUAAAUAGAUAGAGAUGACAUAGAGAUAUAUGGAUCGAAGUUUGCUAUGGUUCAAUUGCUCCUUGCUUUGGUGCCUACAUGAAUACUUGUCUGACCCAUCAAACUCUAGGGGACUUGUUAUGACAUAGUUAUCAUUCAUUCAAUUUGGAUUCUUUAUUUUCCUUCCUUUUUAAGACAAAUCCGCAGUUCAUCAUACAGAGAUUGCCUUCUCUCUUUUUUUUGGGUAACUUGGUGUGGUGAAAGCCAAUUGACUCUCCUCUGCUUUUAAUCGGAAGGAGCGAGGACAGCUAGGAAUUAUCUAUAUUCUUUUUAUAAUCAUUUAUAAUAGUUAUAAUGUGUUGCCGUAA